GCGAGGCCGGCGGGAGGCGGGCGCUGGCGGCAGGUGCCGGCGGGCCAGGCGCGGGCGUGGGGUCGGGGUCGCGCCGCCCCUCGACGCCGGCGCGGGAGGCCGCGGGGAGGCAGCGGCGCGCAGCGGGGAGGGCCGGUCCGGGGCGGGCCUGGGUCUGGGGGGGGCCCGAGCGGCGCUCUGGCCUGGCCUUUCGCGGCCGCGCCCACGCUCGGUGCGGCCCGUGGACCCCCGCCCGGGCCUGCGCGAGGGAGGCGGGCCCCGACCCCCAGGGCCGGUCCAGGCGGGCAGCGCGGAGUAGGUGGGCUGGGAGGACACACACCCGCGACCCCUGGGAGGUGCCCGCCGCCGUCUCGGCCGGAGGUGCGGGGGUUGGGCCGCGGCCGCCCCCGGGGACACACCCAUCCAGGAGGGGUUGUCACGGCCCUGACCUGGCUUCUGAGGGAGGCGGAGGCCCGAUAAGCCCCCUGGAGGGAUGGAGAUGGCUUGGCGCCCCCGCGAGCUUGCUUAGUGACCUUGGGGGCCUUGCCUGGGUCCUCCCUCUGCAAAUGGAGGCCCCGGUGGGCUGCUGUGCUGAGUCUUCUAUCGCCAGUAGGCGGGUUGGGAAACUCAUUUCUGGGGUUGGAUGGGGUCUGGGCUGCCCCAUGUGGUCGGAGAGGUGGGAGAGGGGCCGGCCUUUGGUGGAGGACCCAGUGGGCAGGGGGAAGGGGAGGUGUGCAGGAUCAGGUCCCUAGCUGUGCCUCUGUGGGGAGACUCUGGUACUGGGUUUGGUUCAAGUGUUGGCAGGUUUGGGGAGCUGGCCAGCAAGGUGAGGGGCUGCCCUCGGGCAGCAGGGUUGGCCCCGUGGAUACACCUGCACCAGGAGCAAACCCAGGAGAGCAGGGGAGCCCAAAUCUGUGGACAAACAGUGAGGAUCCUGGUAGUCAGGGAAGGAAGGUUUCUGGACGGAAAUGAAAGCUUGGAAGGCCUUGAGUCACAGGUGUGGUCAGUGAGGCCACCAGACGGAAGGAAGGGGCCUAGACCUACCUGCACCCCCACAUUUCUUCAUUUCUCUAUGUAGGUUCCCUGGAUAUGGGACUUCAGUGGAGAGUUGCUAAGUUUUCUAAGUUUGCCUCUUUCUGUCUGUGUGGUCCUUCUCCCGGAGGCAGGCAUCUCGUUAACUGCCCCUCCUCGCCCCCCUCUCCCCGUACCCCAUUCUAAACUCUGCAGCACUAUAUCCUAGGGUGCAGCCCCGCCCCAGCCCCCAUGGAAAUAAUGGUCUGGGAUGACCUGAAGGGUUAUCAUGGUCAGGUUGCUCACCUGACUUUUGGUGAUCCUGAGCUGGAUGCCAGAAGUGAGUUUCUGGUAGGCUGGCAGGCUGGAAAGAAGAAAGGAGGGUCUGGGGGUAUGCGCAGCACACGUCUGUCCUGGGGAGGCAGAGGGGGCAUCUGCCACCCGUGUUACUGAGGCCCGUUUCUCAGAACCAUUCUGUUCUGGAUGCUGGGUCAGGGCUUAUGGGGCGUCUGGCUGUGCUAGGCCCCAUCGUGUCUGCUGGGUGACUGACCACCUCCACGACUGGAGGGUCUUUCCCUCCUCUGGUCAGCAGCAGGUGCACCUCUUGGGAGAAGGGACUUCAGGUCGUAACCUCUUCAGAGGCAGAGAUUCUCCAGUGGGUUCUAGUCUGAAGGACCCUCAACAGCAGUCAUCCUGUUCUGGAACAUGACAGUGGGGCCAGAAUACUGAGUUUUGAAAAUCUCAUGUUCAUCACGUUGACUGCAGGCUUUAGGGUCAUUUUAUUCUUUCUUCUUCUUCUUCUUUUUUUUCUUUAAUAUUUAUUUAUUUAUUUGGCUGCACAGGGUCUUAGUUGUGGCACACGGGAUGCGGCAUGUGGGAUCUAGUUCGCCGACCAGGGAUUGAACCCAGGCCCCCUGCACUGGGAGCGUGGAGUCUUAACCACUGGACUGCCAGGGAAGUCCCUAGAGUCAUUUUAUCAAUAAAUAUUUGAGUGCUCACUCUGUGUCUGGCACAAGGAGAUUCAGAGAUGAACAAAGGGAACUUCUGCCUUCUUGGAGUUGAGUGUGUAUUUGGGGAGACAGGCAAUAAGCAGACAGUUCUGUAAGUAUAUUAAAAUGUGGGUGCUGGGCUUCCCUGGUGACGCAGUGGUUGAGAGUCCGCCUGCCGAUGCAGGGGACACGGGUUCGUGCCCCAGUCUGGGAAGAUCCCACGUGCCGCGGAGCGGCUGGGCCCGUGAGCCAUGCCCGCUGAGCUUGCGCGUCCAGGGCCUGUGCUCCGCAACAGGAGAGGCCACAACAGUGAGAGGCCCGCGUACCGAAAAAAAGAAAAAAAAAAAUAUGUGGGUGCUAAGAGGGCAGAGUCCAGGGAACUGUGUGUGUCUUAGGGGCCCAGGGGGCUACCACCAAAGGAUCAGUGAAGAAGAGGAGAGGAGAGUGCCAGGGAGUGGGAAUGGCAUGUGCAAAGGUCCUGAGGUGCAACAAGCACGGGUCCACUUUAUUCCCAAGCCUCUGGUCCUCGGAUGGGGGCCUGGCCUGCAGGAGUCUGCUCUGCAAGGGGGCCAGGCAGGAGGGGCUCUGCUGGGCUUGGCAUGGCAGCUGGGCUCAGCCUGAAUUUGCAGCCCCAUUGUCCUGUGUGGCCUGACAUCUCAGGCUCCUCUGGGGUUCGUGCUCUCUUCCCGGGGUUCUGGGGUCGCUGUAUUUGUAGUGGGGUUGGCUUACUUUGAAAGUGGCUCUAGUCAGGUCUGAGAGACUGAUGGGGCCAUGCUGGCUGAUGGAUCUGUUCUUAGGUUUGCACUCAAAAAGGAGCCACAGAAACUGGCUCGUCAAAACCCAUGACUCUUGUCUUGUCCUGGAACUUCACUGGGGCUGGUGAGGAAUGCGCAGCUGGGAGGGAGGAGUGGCCCCAGGGCCCGCGGUAUCCCAUCCCUCUUGGGUCCACAGCCCCGGGCUCCCGUGCUGUGAGGCGGUGUGGCUGCACCUCCCAAGUGCCUGGGCUGAGCCGUCUCCGACAUCGAUGCAAGAGGUGGAUGCUGUGAGCCACUGGGGCUUUGAUGAUUCAACACUUAGGAUUCUCUGAUCCCCAAACGUGAAGAGGUGUCACAGGGCAUUUUUUUUCACCUUUGCUGGUCUAGCGAUGAACCAAAUUCCUGAUCAGCCGAGCUUUUUCCAGAUGCCCUGAAUGGAGCGAGGGGGUGAGGGGGGCACAGGGGUAAUUGCCUGCUCAGGGCCUCUUCUCUGCCGCCUCCCACAGGGAGGAGCCUGACCUGCUGGCUUGGUAGAGUGGGCUCUCCCGGCAGGGUGGUCUUACCUUCCCCCGCCCGUCACACUGCGCUGGGGUUCCUGGCCCACCCAUGCUCAGACCUCGGCUCCCACACUCCCUGCCGCCGAGUUCGUGCCCAAGUUCGUGCACGUUCAGAGCUGGGCGAGCAUCUCCUCCGCCCCCAUAUAUCAGGUACACUGUUCCUUAUGGGCUGUGUGCACCCGUUUCAGCUAAAUGCAGGCUGGGCCACCCUUGGGCGUGUUGCCUGGACUUGACGCUUCCAUGUUCUUGAGGAUGAAAACCCGGGAUCAAUCCCUGGCUUACUCCAAGAAAGCAUGGCAAGCUCACACGAGGCCCGCCGUUGGCUGCAGGAAGGAGCUGAGGCCAUGUAGCGGGGCUCCCAGUGAGGGGCUCUUCGGCAGCUCUUCUGCUACAGAAUCUAGGUUGUGCCACAUGAGAUCGUGGAAGGAGCUCCAGUCGUGCCUCAGCUCCGGUGCUGUUACUGUAUCGCGGGGCAAACCAACCCCACCUCCGUCAGAGGGCUGCGUGCCGGGUGGCUGGUCACCGUCGCCUGUCUGUGUUGCAGGCCGAGCUGAGGCUCCCUUCCAGAGACGAUGGCGGCCCUUCACACGACUCCAGACUCCCCAGCCGCCCAGCGGGAGAGGGCGGAGGACGGGUUGGAAUGUGAUCCUGAUCAGGAGGAAGAAGAGGAGGAAGAAAAGGGGGAAGAGGAGGGGGAGCUGGCGAAGGAGGAGGUGAUGGUGGUGGAGGCCGAGGACGCCGAGGCCGUGGCGGAGGUGGCAGAGGAGCUGGAGGCGGACGGGGUGCAGGCAGGGCCAGGGCGGCAGGCGGAGGCGGAGGUGGAGGACGCCGACGCGGAGGCGGUGGUGGCAGAAGAGCGGAGUCCGGCAUCGGGGACCCAGGAGCGCCUUAGCUGUGGUGGGGAUGCUGAGUCCCCAGGUCUUCAGGAAAAGGCCCUGCAGGCGUCCCGGGCUCCAGCCACGUCGAGGGGUGAGGACCUGGAGGAGGACGAGGACGAGGAUGAGGACGAGGACGAGGACAGUUCCCUGGCAUCUGGGUCUCAGGGGCUGGUGACCUUUGAAGACGUGGCUGUGUACUUCUCCCUGGAGGAGUGGGAAAGGCUGGAUGCAGACCAGCGGGAGCUCUACAAGGAAGUCAUGCAGGAAAACUAUGGGAUUCUGGUGUCCUUGGGAUACCCAAUCCCCAAGCCGGAUCUGAUCUUCCGGCUGGAGCAAGGAGAGGAGCCUUGGGUCCCGGAUAGCCCCCGUCCCGAGGAGGGAGACAUCGUCACCGGUGUCUACACAGGGGCCUGGUUCUGGACCGACGACAUAGAGGACCAUGAGGAGGAGGACGACGAGGACUUCCUGGCAGAGGUGGCCGAGGAGGAGAACGAGCCCCCAGGGCUGUGGUCCGCGGCCUACGGCGUGGGGGACGUGCCUGGGACCUGGGGCCCCGACGACUCGGAUUCGGCGCAGACUCCAGAGGGGUGGGGUCUUGACCCCGGCGGCCUUGGGGUCCUGGCCGAGGGGUCCGAGGCGAAGCCCUUUCUGCAGGGCCGGGAGCCGGGCGCGAGCCUGAUGGCGCCCUGGGCGUUCCCGGCCGCGGUGACCGCUCCAGCCGGGCGGCCGGAGACGACGUGUGACGUGUGCGGUAAAGUGUUCCCGCACCGGUCCCGGCUGGCCAAGCACCAGCGCUACCACGCGGCCGUCAAGCCCUUCGGCUGCGAUGAGUGCGGCAAGGGCUUCGUGUACCGCUCGCACCUGGCCAUCCAUCAGCGCACCCACACCGGCGAGAAGCCCUUCCCGUGUCCGGACUGCGGCAAGCGCUUCGUGUACAAGUCGCACCUGGUCACGCACCGGCGCAUCCACACGGGCGAGCGGCCCUACCGCUGCGCCUUCUGCGGCGCGGGCUUCGGGCGCCGCUCCUACCUGGUCACGCACCAGCGCACGCACACCGGAGAGCGGCCCUACCCCUGCCCGCACUGCGGCCGCAGCUUCAGCCAGAGCUCGGCGCUCGCGCGGCACCAGGCCGUGCACACGGCCGACCGGCCUCACUGCUGCCCCGACUGCGGCCAGGCCUUCCGCCUCCGCGCCGACUUCCAGCGCCAUCGACGGGGCGGCGGCUGCGCGGAGCCCAGCGGCGACGGCCCUCGGCGCGAGCCCUGUGAGACGGGGCCCUCGGCGGGGCCCGAGGAGGCCGAAGCCGGGCCUGAGGGGCCUGAGGUCGACGAAGCAGACGGAGAGGCCGAGGGAGAGGCCGAGGCGAGAGAGGCGGCGAUGGAGGCGCCCACCCCCGGGAGAAAGGAUGACCCCGAGCCGGACAGGCGGUUUCUGGGGCUGGGCAACGGCCUGGGGGAGGGCGAAGGCCCUUCCUCGCACCCGCUCGGCUUCCACUUCCCCGUGCACCCCAAGUCUUGGCUUCACCCGGAUGGCUUUCCGAUCUUGGGCCUCCCGGACUUCGCGGACCGGCUGUCGACCGACGGGCGCCCCCUGCCCGGACCCCUGGGGGGCCGGCUCUCCCUGGUAGAAGGCGCGGGGCUGGCCUGCGACCCUUUCGGCGGCGGUGCUGGGCCUGGGGGCGGCGGCGGCCUGCGUGCGUUCGGGCCUGCAGUCGGGGGGCUGCUGGCGGAGCCUGCGCCUGCCGCGCUGGCCGAGGAGGAGAGCCCGUGGAUAUGUUCCGACUGCGGCAAGACGUUCGGGCGCCGCGCGGCGCUGGCGAAGCACCAGCGCUACCACGCGGGCGAGCGGCCGCACCGCUGCGCCGACUGCGGCAAGAGCUUCGUGUACGGCUCGCACCUGGCGCGCCACCGCCGCACGCAUACUGGCGAGCGGCCCUUCCCGUGCCCCGAGUGCGGUGCGCGCUUCGCCCGCGGCUCGCACCUGGCGGCGCACGUGCGUGGCCACACGGGCGAGAAGCCCUUUGUGUGCGGCGUGUGCGGCGCGGGCUUCAGCCGGCGCGCGCACCUGACGGCGCACGGGCGCGCGCACACGGGCGAGCGGCCCUACGCGUGCGGCGAGUGCGGCCGCCGCUUCGGGCAGAGCGCGGCGCUGACGCGACACCAGUGGGCGCACGCCGAGGAGAAGCCACACCGCUGUCCCGACUGCGGCAAGGGCUUCGGCCACAGCUCGGACUUCAAGCGGCACCGACGCACGCACACGGGCGAGAAGCCCUUCCGCUGCACCGACUGCGGCCGCGGCUUCGCGCAGCGCUCCAACCUGGCCAAGCACCGGCGCGGCCACACGGGCGAACGGCCCUUCCCGUGCCCCGAGUGCGGCAAGCGGUUUUCGCAGCGCUCGGUGCUCGUGACACACCAGCGCACGCACACGGGCGAGCGGCCCUACGCCUGCGCCAACUGCGGCCGCCGCUUCUCGCAGAGCUCGCACCUGCUCACCCACAUGAAGACGCACCGCGGCACGGCGGGCGCGCCUGGCCAGACGCCGGCUGCCCCCGCGCCCAAGGCCGAGGCACCCGCUAAGGGGCCGCCGAGCGCGGGCGCAGGGACCGGGUCCGGGGAGCGCGGCAGCACCCUGCUGGAGUUCGCAGGCGGAACGAGCUUCGGCUCCGAGCCGACGGCCGCGUUCGCGGGGCCCUCGGGCGCCUACGAGGAGAGCAUCAUGUGAGGGCCCCAGGCCGACGGAGGCGCAGCCCGCUAGGCCACCGGCACCUUGCGGCUCGAGCGCCGGCCGCUGCGCGCCGGCCCCUUGCUCUUCUGGCCUCAGGGAGCUGAGGGUCCUAGUCCUGGUGCGGUGCCUUCCCCUCAGCCCCGGUGCACCGCCCCCCGGCCUCGGGCUUCCCUCCUGUCCGGCCCCAGAGAACCGGCCGCCGAGCUCAGAUGGCCGUACGGGGGGCGCAGGGGGAGAGGAGAGCUGCGCGCGGAGCAGAUGGGGACAGGGGGCGGCCACCCCGACAAGAGACUGCGACGUCACUGGAUCGAUGCGGUGAGGCCAAGCGGUAGGGAUGACAGGCGAGGUGUUAUUUAUUUUACUCGGAUUCCGAUAUGGGUGGCCCGGGGGACAGGUGGCUUGUGAGUUAGUAACUGGGUUUUACAGCGAGGGAGGGGAAGCCCUUGCAUCAAGGGAGGGUGGGGUGGUCGAGGGCAGAGCGUAUGGCUACUCCAGGGGGUUUGGCUGAUGACUUCUUCCAGUUCCUCAGCGGGAGACUUCAGGGGCCUUCCGGGCAUUCGAGUAUGUCCAGAAAGUUUUGAGGACGGUGUGCGUGGCGAGGGGAAGCCUCGUGGGUUUUCAAAGGACGGUGUUCUUCCCUAAUCCGGGGUCGGGGGUGAAGUGGAGAUGCACCUGGGAAAGCUUUUAUUCUGUCGACUGUGGAUAUUUAUUUCCAUGGCUUGUGUGGCCCGAAGAAUCUGGGAGGAGGAGAAAAACCCGGAAACCAAAUUGUGGCCCCAGGCAGAUGGGUUGCAGGUGUUCGCAGGGUCCCCAGGGAGUUUGAAGCCUUAUUCCCCAGAGUCGCUCGCUGUCUUCACCCCACCUGAGCACCGAGAGCAGCCCGGCCGUGUGGGUGUUAGUUUCAGCCUCCCCUCUGAGUCCUUUGGUACUCUUGCCUGGGAAAGCUGGAGGCGGCAUACUCGGAGAUCCUCUGGGAGCCCAGCAGCCAGGGACCCCAGCCGUUGGCUCCCCGGCUGCCACCUCUCCCUGAGUGGGUGGACACACGGGGCCCUGCUCUUGUGAGCCCGCCACUCAUUUAGAUUUAAUAGACAAGUGUAAAGUGACAGAGGUUGGUAGUAGGGUUGUUUCUUACCUCCCAGGAUUAGGGCCUUAUGACCGCCUCGGGUCCAUUUAACUCUGCUUCUGUCAUUGUUCUACACUAGGAGCAAGUGGUGUUUCUGGUUAGGUUCCCGUCUCACAGAGUGGGCAGUGAGUGGAGGCACCGUGGGCCGGGCUGUCUACACGACGGUGGUUCACCUCUGGGGGUUCGGACCUGAGCCCGUGGCUCAGUGACUGACCAACUGUCCAGCUAUGCAAGGCCCGCAGCCGGCCAGCACCGCACCUUCCAGGCUGGGCUCUUUCGAGCCACUGGGUCACCUGCAAGACAUCCGCCCCCUUAAUGCUUUGGGGGCCAGUGUGAAUGGGGCCAGAGCACUGGGAUUUUGAAGCAGCCGCAUUCCCUUUUAGACCUAGUUCCUUCUGUUUUAGCACAGACAUGGCCCUGGGGCCUGAGAGCCAGCACCCGGGCGCUAGAGGCCGGGGCGGGUGGGAAGGGGCCCUGGACGGUGGUGGUAAGAAUGGGCCUGGCUGGGUGAGGGCGGGGGUGGGCGGGGUGCUGAGGAGGACAGGGGUUCCCGCAGAGGCGCCGGCAGCGCUGGGCGGUGCCGCCUGUCCCUGGGCGCUCUCUCCCAGCUGCGAGAAGGAGCCUCAGGAAGGGCCCGGGGCAAGCUGCGCCCGUCCCGCCUGGCACAGCCCUGAGUACCCACCUUCGGUGCCCCUCCUGAGCCCAAGCUGCCCCGCCCCGCAGCUGUCAGCAGGAGGACCUAGCUUUAAUAAAGAGUGGACAAACGAGCUUUGUGAUUGGAUUCCGUGUUGUUGCCGCUCCUCAGGGACCUCAGGGAGGCCCUGCAAGGCGUCAGGCCCACCUUGUUCCUGCAAACGAUCUUUAGAAGUUUCUCGUCUUAGAAACUAGAAUUGGCCCGUGAGGAGUCACCCCAAGAGAGCUUUGGCCCCUGCCACCUGUGUCCACUGUGUCUUCCCAGAGUCCCCAGUGGGCCCGCACACUGCCACCUGCGUCUUGUAAUAUGCACACCUAUAUCAGGACAUUGACGUGUGGAGGACUGUUCUAGCCAGGUCCCCUUCCUGGUGCUCCAGACCCCUGUUCUGAGGCCCCAAAGCCACAUGGGUUUAUCCAGGCUCACCUGCUCUGUGCCAGGGCAGAGCACCCCCCCCCGCCCCCCAGGGCCCCAGACACCUUCCUUUGAACUGAAUUAUUGAAUUCUCACCACAUGGUGUCCCCACAACCAGAUCUGACCCUCCCAUCCUUUCCCCACAGAUUUGAAAAAUAUGAACUAUGAAGUAAAUUCUCUUUUCACGUGUGAUUUGAAGGCAUCAGAACAGAAGCCAGUAUUUCAGUGGUAGAUGGGCAUUAAGACCUAGUUUAAAAUGGAUGGCCUUGAUCUUAAAGUCUAUUCAGAAAACUUAAGUUAUUCCCUGAUAGAGCUUACAGUUAUCCAGCCAGAUACUUUAUUUUAGAGGGGAAAUAAGGCAAUUCUGAUGGUCAUAGGAAAAAAGUAGACAGCCUCCCUGGUUUUGAGAGGAUUUCCAAAUUUCUGGAGUCCUGAUUAAUUCCACAGAUGUCAGUCUAGCAUCUCCUGUCAUUGCCAAGGAGGAAAGGAAGCCCCCAGGGCCCCUUGAGUUGUGACCCCUGAAAGCUGGUGCUUUGAGAGUCAUGAGGCCCUGAACACCCUCUGGUCUCCACUUAACCUUUAUUGCUUGAAUUUCCCCAUCCUCCCUUUCUCCUGACCCUUUCACGUAAUCUCUUCAAACACUUCCUUCUAACUUUUUUCUUUUCCUAAUUGGCUACAUAUGGAAUAAAGUAUUGAAUUUUUUGGUUAUAUUUAUUAAAUAAAGCUUUAUGAUCCUU